AUCUGGUUAGCUGAACGACGCAAGUCUCUCUCUUCAUCUAACUUUCUCCUCAGUGUUAAAUAAGAAGCCUGCACCGUUGUGAUCGACUCAAGAACCACAUCAGACAACUGGGAGACGAAACUUGCAGAAAUGGAUAAAAAGCAAGGGACGAAAAAGAUGGUGGUUGACGAGAAUGCGGACGACAAGAGUCCAAAGCAUAACCCUAACCAUGAUGCCGAACAUACUCCCCCCUUAAAAUGUCUUAGUCUCGGCGGCAGGCACAACGUUUUCGGCAGGGCAGCUUUCAGGAGGACUGCAAGCCAAGAAUAUUGCUCGACGCUGAGAAGGACAAAGACUACGUCACAAAUUACUGAGAAAACAGAAAAUGAAGAAGAAUGCCAGGUACGAGUCUUGGACAAGCCAGACAAGUGGUGUAUCUAUAGGGUUCCCAGUAAACUCCGCAAAGUAAAUGAAGCAGCAUACACUCCGCAAUUACUAUCAAUUGGCCCUUUCCACCAUGGCAAACCAGAACUCAAGGACAUGGAGACCCAUAAAAAGAUAUAUUAUGAGAAUUUUCUUGCACGUUUUAAGAAGAGUGACGAUGAACUAAAGCAAUUCAUCAAGACUCGCCAAGAAAAUAUUCUUCGUUGUUACGCAGGGACCAUUGAGCUCAACAAAGACUUUGAAGAGAUAAUUGCCGUUGAUGCGUGCUUCAUCAUUGAGCUAUUUUUAAUGAACUUCAACGAUCCAAAAAAUCAUGAAAAUGAUUAUAUAUUGAGAUCACCAUGGCUGAGGAAAGCUGUAGAGCAGGACUUGAUACUGUUUGAAAAUCAGCUUCCUUAUUCUCUUCUUCAAGAACUAUAUCAGAACUUUGCUGUGCCUCCCUCUUCCAAUUUCCAACCUCGGAAAGAAGUACAAGAACAGGCUGAUAGACAGAGCAGUACCAAUCAUGACUUACCGCACUGCUCGCCUUGCUGCCGGCAUUGCUUGCCUUGCUGCUGGUGGAUUCCUUCCAAGGAUCAUUCCAUAGAGAUUGUCCAAGUUGAACCUGAUAAUGAUGAUCCCCUGCUUAAGCUUACCUAUGAGUUCUUCAAAGAUUAUAGUAGGGGAAAAUCCGUCAAGAAUGGAGUAAGACCGAAACAUUUCACCGAUUUGGUUAGGCAUUUUCUACGUCCUGACAAAGAAAUGGUUUUUAAACAUAGUAGUACUCCAAUCAAAAAUAUAUAUGCUGCAAGGAAGCUGAAGGCAUCAGGGGUGAAAUUUAGGCCACUUAAAGAUGGCCACUUUAUCAUAGAAAAAGACGAGGCCACUAAAUGUAAGCUCAACUUAGCGUGUUUCAGAAAUAUGGACUUGAAGCUUACACAAUUUUGUGUCAAGGAUGAGACAGAAUGCGUUAUUCGAAACAUCAUGGCCUUGGAGCAGUUUUUAUACCCAAACAAGCCUUAUAUCUGCAAUUACUUUUUGCUUAUGGAUCAACUUGUGGACAUUGUGGAAGAUGUGGAUUUGCUGGUUGAGAACAAAGUUAUUCUUAACAUGCUAGGCAGCAAUGAAGCAGUGGCGAAACUGGUUAAUAGACUUUGUGAGCAGAUCAUGGACGAUAAAUCCUGCUAUUUUGAUAUCUGUGAGCAGCUUAAUAAGCACCAUGAGAAUUUUUGGAACCUUCAUGUCGCAACUCUGAAACGAGUUUAUUUCAAGGAUCUGUGGACAGGCAGUUCAACUGUAGUUGGAGUUUUCGUCCUGCUUUUCUCAAUCAUUGGAACCAUUAAGUCUCUCAUGUCGUAAGCUUUAAGCUCGCUCAACUCGUGAUUCUUAAUAGACAGAAUGUUAAUUUCAGUCAUUACUUCAAGUGAUGAACUGAACAAAUAAGUUAGCUAGUGUUAUAGAUUUAACAUAAAGUUCGAGUUACGAAUUAGUUCUGUUAUUGUUGUUAAAGACUGCGGAGCAGUUCUUGUGAAUUGAUUGUAAUGAACAUAAUUUCCAUUUAGAAUUAAAUAAAGAAAGAGUUAUGCUCUUGUUUUCAUUGCACUCAGA